AUGACGGACCACGUUAGUCCAGAGCACUUUGCCGCCACACUAGAGCGUCUGCGGGAUCUGGCAGCGAGCAGGCACGCCGGCGUCUUGGAACUUCCCACCAUUGCCUCUCCCGAUGACCUACAGCAGGGCAUUGACACUCUGCCCACCUCGCUACCAUCAACAGGCUGGGGGUUCGGGAAGACGAGCGGAUUCCUGCUGAAAGAGGUCACAUCAGUCCUUGCUCCCGGACACAAUGGCACCAGGUACUUUGGAUUCGUCACCGGAGGCGUCACGCCCAUUGCCACCAUCGCCGAUAUCCUCACAACGCUGUACGAUCCCAAUGUCCAAGUUCACCUGCCCAAAGAGACCCUAGCCACACUCAUCGAGGCUCACACAGUCAAUCUCCUCUGCCAGCUCCUCUCUCUGCCCACUUCGCGUUUCACAGGGACUAUCACUACUGGCGCGACUGCCUCCAAUCUCCUAGGGCUGGCAUGCGGUCGAGAAGCGACACUAAAAAAAGCAAUGGCAAGAAGAGGAUUUCCAGACUGGAGUAUGGCCGAAGAUGGCAUUGGCGCAGACGCGGAAGACGAUGACGAGGCCCCCGCGCCGCCCCCUGUGAACGUCUACGUCGCCACCCCCCAUGCAUCCAUCAAAAAGGUCGCUGGGAUCCUCGGUAUAGGUAGGAAGCGAGUCAUCGAUGUAGGACAGAAAGCGCAUGGGUCAUCUUCUGACCUUCUGGAAAACGAAGAUAUCAGAGCCAGCAUGAGCAUUGUAGAGUUCGACCUCGUUCACCUCGAAGUAUCCUUACGAGAAUCCUACUACAAAAAGCAAGGUGCAAUCGUCGUUGUUGGCCUAGGAGAAGUGAAUACUGGCGCACUAAGUGCUCAGAUCCCGGCCAUCCGAGCCGUUUGCGAUCGAUACGAAGCAUGGCUGCAUAUAGACGCCGCCUUUUCUGCCUUUUGCUGCCUGCUGGAAGGAUUUGAAUGGAUAAGCGAGCAUCUAGCAAUGGCAGACAGUAUCUGUAGUGAUGGCCACAAACAGCUCAACGUUCCCUACGAUGCAGGGCUCUUCUUCAUCCGCAAGAAGGAAGUCGGAGAGUAUAGAAUCGAUUCGCUUCUGGAGGACGUAUGCGGACUCGGUCAGGCAGGCGCGCCAGCCUAUCUGGCCACCGGUGGACCGGAGGAGAAUCUAGAGGACAUCGCCCUUGAUAUUGCAAAGCGGCGAGAAUACGCAGCUAGUCUGCCCUCGCCCCUCUUCCGCAAUCUGGAGAACUCCAAGCGAUUCAGAGCACUGCCUCUGUACGCUACGCUUUUGUCAGAAGGACGACAGGGGAUCAAGUCCAUGGUGGAGCGCAACGUCGCCUUCGCCCGCUCCCUCGAAGCCUGGAUGCGCUCCGACGAAGGGUCACGUCUAUACCAAGUGCUCACACCUCCCUGUGAGCCUUUGGCCGAGCCUGAAUCGUCCUCCACAACUUCACCCCAACCUGCCGCUUCAGCUUCGACUAAGGCUUCACCACAAGCAUGGCACGGACCCUGGUCCACUACCAUCCUCCUUUUUCGCCCACACCCUCUCACCUGUCCCAUCCCCUCCUUCCGCAGCCACCUAACAGGCGCCGACGCCUGCAUCUCUGCCCUUAAAGCCACUCGUGCAAUUUACGUCUCGCCCACUCGAUGGUGUGGUGUUGGUGCGAUUCGAUUGGCAGUUAGUAAUUGGAGAACGGGAAUGGAGGAUGCAGAGGGGAGAGUGGUGCAGGAUGUGAGGGAGAGUAGGGAUUGGGAGGUGACUGUGCAGGCAUUAAAGAGUGUGAUGGAAGGGGAGGGAAAGGACGAGCAGGAGCAGGAUGAUGAGAUGGUAGGAAGUGGAUGA